GCUUUUUACAAACUGCUACGAGUUCAGGAAGUUGACGGCCCAGCUCAGUGUGAAAAGACCUAACAAGGGAUCUUUAAACCUGCACAAAACGACUGGAAAAUAAAAACAUUUCCGGCCAGUUGGGUCAGAAGAUAGCUACUGGAGUUGUUGCAGUGGCUCUUCAUACAUAAAUUUGUUUUUUUCCUACAUCAUCCACUUCCUCCUCUUCAUCAGUAUGGACUCCUCUUCAGUUCUUCGUAACCAAAGUAAUAAUAAAUUCCAAAGUGAUUUAUCGAGAAUGAAAAAUGAACACAACAAAAUGACAACAGAGCCAAAGGCGUUCAGACUCCAGCCUGCACCUGACCUUCCUAACCAAGACAGUGAAAAUCAAGAUCCAGGAAACUCAAAAAUGGUGAUAAAGGCACCUCAGCGACCAGGUGUAAGUCGACUUCCAGUGCUGGCAAAGUCCCUUCAUCUUCAGACUCCAUCCAACUUCAGUCAGUCUCACUGUAGAUGGGAGGAUAAACCUCUGGCUGGGAAAACUAAGAAGAAAAGGCCAUGCACCAGGCCUGCACCUUUCAACCUGUCUGAGCCCAGGAGCUCAAAAGUGACCCAUGAAAAUCAACAACCUUCAAAUGUGUCACAUCUACGCACUAGCACUCGUGCUGUCGAACUUGAAAAAAAUGUGUGUAAUGCUAGCCCAAGAAAACAAAGCCUAAACACAAACCUUUCUAAACACCCACCUGUGGUAAGCAGCACUGCAGCCUCAACUAAAGGGGCUGUGAAGUCAAAUGGAAACAACACCGAUAAUAUGAUUCAUCCAAAGCCCUUGACCACUUUGUCUAGUUCGCUUUUAUCUGCACAUCUGUCUGUCAGCGUAGAGAAUUCCACUAACAUACAGCCAGUCAGAGUCAAAUGUUCAACAAAGUCGUCGCAUGGUAGCCAGAACUCACAGCUGACCACACCAUAUUCAAAAGGAUCCACUGACAAACGGGAAAACUUCCAACUGGAUCAUGCUGCUUUGCUUAGCAUCCUAUGCAAUGAGGGAGUAAGUGCAACAGGAACGGCGUCUGCUACUCCACAGUCGAAACCCUUCAACUGUUUGCCACAACGUGUGUCUGUCAUGAAGAGUCAACAAAAAGCUCGACAUGUCCCAGCAUCAGUGAAGUCGGUGCAGUUCACCCCAGACGCCGCAGCGCUACGGAGCAUCCUCCUAAACGAGGGCGUGAAGGCUGCAGGACCUGUGGAUGCCUCAUCCAGAACCUCUGUGUGUCCGUCAGGCAGAGGCACCUCAGUCUACACCGCUCAGAGGGUGCCGGUAAAAAAGAAACGCGCAGAGCUCAUGACAGGAUCUGUGGCUGGAGCUGUUAAAGGAACUCCAUUGCCCCAAUGUACUCCACAGAGAGUCCCAAACACCAGACAUCAGCCAAUGUCUGCUAUGAAAUACCAUCUGUCAACCCAACCGUCAUCAUGUGUAAGGCUCGGGUUAAAGAGCUGCAGACCUGAGCUUCAGCUAAAGCAGGAGGAGGUUGUCCAGAGGUUAUUUGAUGAUCAAGAAGAUGAGCAGACUCCGAAUGUGACAGAAAAAGAUCCCAAGACGCAAGCAGAGCAGCUGCCAGCUCACCACUCGGCUACUACAGGCCAUUGUGAAGACAAUGUUGAGACUAGCAGGGCUAACACCAGCAAGGAUGAGGCGGAUGAGGAGGAGCAGGAGCGUCCAGCUGUGGGAGGGCAGCCGUUUCUCCAAGCACAGGGAAGAGAGUCUGUCAUUUUUUUCUCAACGGGCAAAAAGCUGGUCAGGGUUCCACGUAUGGAGAGUCAGGAGCGCUCAUCCCAUCAGGAUCAGUGUGGUCCAGACUCAUCAGAGCAGAGAACCAGCAAGCUGCCUGAGGAGAUUCUGUCUGUAGGCGUGCCAACCUGUCCGUUGAAACCUGCUGUUCACAGUCUCCACAGAGACCUAAUCCUUCAAAAUAGUCCUGUGGCCUUGCUGCGUAAGCGGCUUCCUCCUCUGGAGGAGCUCCGCAUGGAUGAAGAGGUGGCCACAUACACCUCGUCCUCCGCCCCAGCUGCUCCUGGGUUCGUCCCGCCUCGGCCUCGCUGUGGAAACCCGCUGGCAGCCGUUUUGCACUUUGAAGAGUCCACAAAAUUUGUUCCAGUUUCCUUCGAUCUGUUUUCCUCGCCUUGAUGCUGCAGGAUUGAUGAAUUCAUCAUUACAGCACUAUUGGGUUCAGUUGAGGAGAAGACACCUCCGUUGUUGGAACUGAUGAUGUUAGUCAGACACUGUACUUGCCAGCCUUUAUAAAAGCUCACAGAACACGGCAAGAAUUUGGAAACCAUGAAGACUGUAGUGUUGCUUUCAGUGAAUGGUUCCUGAAAAAUAGACUCUAUAUACGGUGAAUGAAGAAUUAUUUGUAUUUUUUUUCUGUAAUUAUGUUGACAACUUUUUAAAGACACUAAAUGUUAUCAAAAGGUCAAAAGAAAGAAAUUUUAUCAGUAUUGCAAUAAAUAUAGAUUUCCUUCAGA